GGCCGUGGUGAGGGAGUUGGUGGAGACAGAGGAGGAGUUCGGCCGCGACAUGCGACACGUCGUGGACCGCUACAUGGCACCUGUCGACGCGCCCUCCGUGCCCAGGGUGGUGCGGGACAACAAGACCCUCGUCUUCGGCAACCUGAAGGAGAUCGCAGAGUUCCACAACACGGUCUUGAUUGAGGGCAUUAAGUACUACGCCGACGAACCCCGUAUGAUCGGGAAAACCUUCUUACGACUGGAGCGGGAUUUCGACAAGCACGUCGCAUACUGCAGAGACGAACCCCAGGCGCAGGAGUUCCUGCAAGACACGCCAGUGGCCAGGGAUUUCUACGAG